UGGUUGGUUGUUUAUCCAGGAUCAAGGACUCUGGGAUCAGAGGCUGGGACAAAGCAGAGGGACAUCCCUGAGAGGCCAGUGACUCAGAGUGGGACCUGGACAGCCCAGAUUGUUCUGCUGGGAGAAGCAGCAUGUGGGCGCAUCCUCCAGGCCCGUGACCAUGCUCCUGCUUCCUUUGCUACCUGUCCUUCUCCUGUGUGUGUCAGGCAUAUCAUCUUCAAAGUCCCAAACCUGUGAGGAUGCCCUGAAGACUUGCUCUGUCGUAGCCUGUGGCAGAGAUGGGAGAGAUGGACCCAAAGGGGAGAAGGGGGAACCAGGUCAAGGGCUCAGGGGCUUGCAGGGCCCUCCAGGAAAAUUGGGGCCUCCAGGAAAUGUAGGAGCUCCUGGAAGUUCAGGACCAAAAGGCCAAAAAGGGGAUCCUGGAAACAAUGCAGAGGUUGAGGCAAAGGUGCAGCAUUUGGAGGCAGAGAUAAGGACCUUGAAAUCAGAACUGGAGUACACCAAGAAGUUGCACGCCUUCUCAAUGGGCAAAAAGUCUGGGAAGAAGUUCUUCGUGACCAACUAUGAAACUAUGCCCUUUUCCAAAGUGAAGGCUCUUUGCGCAGGGCUCCGAGGCACUGUGGCUAUUCCCAGGAACGCUGAGGAGAACGAGGCCAUCCGUGAAGUGGCCAAAGGCAACGCCUUCAUAGGCAUCACAGACGAAGUGACUGAAGGUCAAUUCAUGUAUGUGACUGGGGGAAGGCUCACCUACAGCAACUGGAAAAAGAACGAGCCCAAUGACCAUGGCUCAGGGGAGGACUGUGUCAUCAUUGUAGACAAUGGGGUCUGGAAUGACAUUUCCUGCCAGUCUUCUUUCAUUGCUGUCUGCGAGUUCCCAGCCUGAGGAAGCUGGUGCCUCCAUCUCCUCUUUGUCUCCUCUCUGGACUCUCAGUUGCUUCCAAAGAAAAUUCAGUACUGGUUUCCCAA